GAAAAUAUACGGAAGCGGAAAAUGUCUACAAUCAAGUUUUGCCGUUGGUAAACACACAGCUAUCAUAUGAAGCAGGAGAGCUAACCCACAUGCUCGUUGAGUCUUUCCACAGAGCAAAGUCAUGGUUGUGAAAAAGAAGACUGCCAAAGUAGAAGCUUUGGCAUUAGAUGAGGAGAAAGUACACAAACUGAUAGCAUCCCUCUCUGUGGAUGGAGGAGAAGAUGGAGUCCAGCAGGUCGCCCAGACUCUGCAGUCCUGUUUGCAGCUGACUGAACCAGUGCAGCAGAUACAGCUGAUUAAAAAGGCAGGAUCCCAAUUGGAGACACUGAGUGAACAGCAGCCUGGUGGAGCUCUAGAUGCUUGUCUGAACACCCUAGUGCUGAUUUACACCUCCCUGCAGGCCAAGAACCCCCUGCGACGGGCCAUUGCCAGUGCCUUAAGUUCGGUCCCUGCAUGGCUUCAGGAUCGGACUGUAAACAGUUUGUCUGGCUGCUUGUGUGACUGCAUGUCCAGUUCAUCUUCAGACCAGUUCCCACAGACUGUAGACACCAUCUCUGCAUGUCUGGAUGGCUUUCGUCUUGGUGAGAGAUGCAUUAACAAGCUGCUGGCUGAAGUGUUGCAGUUUCUUAACAAAGUUUUGCUUGAGUACCUUCACCAGAACAGUGGCCUUGCAGGCCGCCACAUUGCCCAGGCCCAUCUCAUGCAGGCCUGCCUGUCUGCGGUGAAGACCUCCAUGCUGGUGCUUCAGAGAUCUCAGAUCACCCUCGGUGUGGCCUUGCAGGCUCAACAGGAUCACAGAAAGCUGGAGGAGACACUAGGCAACAUAUUGGGUUGUUAUAUUGAUAUCCUCACUGAUGAGGAGUUCAUCCAGUCGGUUCAGAGUACAGCAGGCAUGGCUGUGGUGCUGCUGAUCCGGUCUGUGAUGGGUUCUGGAGAUGAAGUCGCCUCUGUGGUGUGCAGUUUGCUGCGUAACUCAGCGCAGGGUUUGAGUUCAGCCCCCCAGUGGCUCCAGCUGAGGUGUGAGGGUCUGUGUACCAGUGGACGCCCGCCUGGGGUUUCUCUCUACCUGUGUCAUGGAGCUCUGGCUAUGUUGAGCUGGAAAGGUGCACUGCCGGGACUGCAGUGGGAGGAGCUGCUACUGCUGGUCCCAAACAUCCUGCUGGAUCUGGAUGUCAGUGUGAAGGAGUCCAGCACAGCAAUGGUGGUGGCUCGGGUCUUGACCCUGUGGAGUGGUGCUGCCCUGGACUGUCUGCAGGGGGAUUCACACCUCUGUCCCCCAAACCUCCAGAAAUCCCUCAGUGGAGGCUCUGAACUACAGCAGCGCCUGCUGGAGCACAUCUACUCCCACUGGGAGCAUCCGCUGGACGGUGUCCGCCACCAGACCCGUUCCCUGUUCCGCAACCUCCUCGUCCUCCAUCAGCACACCAACCCGUCCAUCUCCAGCCCAAAAGAGGAUCCCUACAUCACAGAGCUCACUCACAAUCUGCUGGGCCUGGAGUGGCACAUGAGGGGGAAGUACGGCUCUUUGGGGUGCCUGGUGGAGCUCUACGGGGCCGAACACCUGCUCAGCGUCCGGCCCCAGCUGCCUGAUCGCCUCCUGAGCUUGAUGGGUGACCAGACCCUGGCUCCUUACGCCAGCGACCUGCUGGAGAGGCUGUUUGUCAGCCACAAGGCGCAGCUAGCGGUUGCAGCAGGUGGUGAUGCAAAAACAGAGGAUUGGAUGAAGAGCUGGCAUCAGACGUGGGUAACUCCUCUGCUGCACGUGCUGUGCCGUGCAAGACUGGACCAGACAACGUACAUCUUAGACUACUUCUUGCCCAAGCUGCUCCGCUGCAGCCCCUCCAGCCUAGCACACAUGGUCCAAGGCCUGCAGGAUGCACCACCCUGCAGAACAGUUUCAUCAGGUCCUUCAGGCAGCAGGGGUGCACUCGGAGCGCUGAUGACGUGCCUUCGGGCAGCUCGAGCCCAAGGAGUCAUCCCAUCGUCGGAGGAUGGUCUGUGGGGAGGACUGGUCCCACUCUGUCUGCUGAAGCAAGCUCUGAUACACAAGCAUGAUCAGGUGAGGAUGGAUGCUCUGGGCUUGGUGUGCGAAAGCCACCGCAGCACCGAGGUGUUGACCUCAGAUGAAAUGGAUCUGAUCCGCCACUUCGUCCCACCGAAUCUAAACAGCCAAUCACCCGGCAUCAGACAGCAAACAGUCAGCCUGAUGAAGAAGUUACUCUGCAGAGUGAAGGACAGCACUCAGCUGCUGCAGAAAAGACUGAUCCAGGAGCAGCGAGAUGGAGACCAACACACACUGCAUCAGUACAAGGAGUUCCUGCGCUGGCUGUGUGUGACGCUGCUGGAGGUUUUACUUCCCGGAGCUUCGUUCUCAAAAUGCCUCAUGUCCCUCCACCUGCUGGGUCUGCUGGGUCAGCUCUUCACCUUCACCACCGGGCCUGACAUUUUCUCCCUCGGCGAGGUUGUGACCUCCACACAUGCUAAGAACGUCCUCUACUGUGUGGCCAGCAAUUUCCUGGAAGUGAAGCAGUUGGCUUUGGUGCUGCUGCAGCAGCUUCCCCCAUCAGCUGUCGGCCUUCAGGUUCCUGAGAGAAAGUCCUGCGUUCUUGGGGCUGCUCUGGACCUUAGCACCAGCACCAGACCCUUUGACAGUGUCACAGCAGCCCACCUCCUCAAUCUGCUGCUUCCCCAGCUGGACCUGAGCCAGGCUCUGAUCCACUGCGCCCAGGAGCGGGGCCUCGACCUCCAGCUCUCCUCCCCGCCACCUGGGGCCUCUGAGGCUCUCGUCUUAGAGCUCAACGCUCUGGCUGUGGUUCGGGUUUUGCUGCACUGUCUGCAGUCAGAGGUGUCGAAAGCCGAGUUGUCUCUCCUGCAGGCGGCGGCUUCGUUUCCUCUCUACGGCAGAGCGAACUGCAUCACUGCUGUCCUGCAGCGUCUAAACACAGAGAGUUUGAGUCAGACCGAGGGCUGGAGAAGUCUGGUCUCGGAGCUGAUCGCUGUGUGCUACAGGGUGUCUGAUGUGGUGUCUCCUGUGGUCCAGAGCUCUUCCCCAGAGGGACUCAUCCCCAUGGAUAGUGACUCUGAGACGUCAGCUGGCCUGCAGAGGAUCCUGCAGGAGAUUCAGCCCAGAGACAGCAACGACUUCUUCAAUAAUGCCAGAGAACUGGACACAAACCUGGGAGAUGACCACACGCAGACCACACACAUGCCGCCUCUCCACACAGGCGGUGAGGGCUACAGGGUGACGGCUCAGAUGGUGCUGGUAUGUUGCUGGAGGAGCAUGAAGGAAGUGGCCAUGUUGCUCGGACAGCUGUGCCAGAGCCUGCCUCUGCACUACACUGAUGAAAACGCACAUACACACACCGGGCUCGUCACAGAGGAACAGGUGGAGGGGGUUGGCCUGUACUUCCGUCAGCAGCUCCUGCAGUCCCGUCAUCGUGGCGCCUUUGAACUGGCUUAUGUGGGCUUUGUACGCCUCACCGAAAUGCUGUGCAGGAGUGGGAGUCGAGCCCUGCAGCAGCUUCCUGCUCAUUGGCUGUCUGAGGUCCUGGAAGAGGUCAAGUCCAGCGACCCAUCAUCGAAGCUGUGUGCCACACGACGCAGUGCAGGAAUCCCCUUCUACAUUCAGGCUCUGCUCUCUUCUGAGCCUAAGUCCUCCAGCUGCAGCCUGUUGAAGAUGACCAUGAGAGAGCUGAUUUCUUUGGCCAUGCCAGCUGCGAACAGGAACACUGAUGGCUCUACCGUACCUCAGGUCCAUGCUCUGAAUAUCCUCCGGGCUCUCUACAGGGAUACACGUUUGGGGGAAAACAUUAUUCCCUUUGUUUCAGAUGGCAUGCAGGCUGCUGUGCUGGGCUUCACCUCCCCUGUGUGGGCAGUGAGGAACUCCUCCACUCUUCUCUUCAGCACUCUUAUCACCAGGAUCUUUGGAGUGAAGAAAGGCAAAGAUGAACACUCGAAAAAGAACAGGAUGACUGGUCGGGAGUUUUUCACUCGUUUUCCAGCUCUCUAUCCAUUCCUACUAAACCAGCUGGAGGAAGCUGCAGCCACAGUAGAAAGUGACAGCGGUCAAGUGAAGCUACACCCCAGCCUCUUCUUGCUGCUGCUGGUGCUCAGUCGCCUCUACCCCUCUCCCAUGGAUGGAUCCUCUUCGCCUCUGGGACUCGCACCUUUCAUGCCCUUUAUCAUGAGAUGUGGCCGCUCCGCUGUAUACCGGACCAGAGAAAUGGCGGCUCGGGCCCUCGUCCCCUUCGUUCUGGUCUCUCAGGUCCCAUCCACUGUCCAUUCCUUACUACAGGAGCUCCCUUCAGAACCAGGACCUAAAAUCCAACAUAACUGCGUUCACGGGACUCUGCUGCAGGUGCUGUUUCUCCUGCGCUCCUUCCAGACUGACUCACACAGACCCCUGCCAGCAGGAAGUGGCAUUGGUGAAGCCCUCCGUCAGCGCAUGUGGCUCUCUUCUCGACAGAACAGCUGUGUGGUGACCAGAGGAGCCUUCAUGGAUGUGUUAGUGUGCCUGUGUGGGCCCAGGAUCAGCCCAUUGGAAGACUUAGACGUCAGCACACUCCGUCAGGAGACCCUUUCGAUCCUGAUGUCCUCCGAACUGGUCACGUCUGAGCCUUCCCCUGCUGCGAUUGGACCAGGUAGCAUUCAGUACCUGCUCAGCCUGACCCAGGUGGCCCUUAGCGCCACUGUGGAGGUCCCCGAGCGGUGGGGUGGCUCUCAUCUAAUGAGCCGACUCCUGGAGUGUCUGCUGCGCUGCCCACACUAUGAGGUGAGGGAGCUGGCAGUGGAGGGCAUCCUGAAGAGGCUGAAGGAGGAGGAAGAGGAAGAGAAAAGGAGGCCAGAGUGGCUGGAGGAGACCACCCUGUCUAACCUGACCAGCCUGGCUCUUCAUGAGACACACCCCCAGUGUCUGGCCAAGCUCCUGCAGGUGUUAAGUGCGUUGAGCUCCAGCAGUGAGCUCCUGUGGAGGGAUGCUGCAAAGGUUUUAUCCCAGGAGGAGGUCCUGCUGCACCUCCUCACUCUGACUCAGAACUCCACUCACAGUGUGGAGCUCCACUGUUCUGCCCUGACGCUGCUCUCCCAGCUGGUGGUUGAGCUGGUCAUCUCUGACCCGCAGAGUUCCAGUGCAGUGGCUGGUUUGGCUCAGUGGGGGGCACUAGUGGGCUCAUGCUGUGGUGUGGAGCAGCCUGUUGAAGUGAAGCUAAUGGCUGCCAAGGUGCUGGUGAACUGUGCAUCCACCCUCCUAACUAACCCUCAUCUACCGCUGGGUCUGUCCACUACAGCUUCACUGUGGAGGAGUGUUUUCAUCCUGUUGCAGGAUGAAGACCAGGAAGUCCGGGAUUCUGCAUCUGACUUCACCUCUAACGUCCCCGCCCACCUGCUCGGCAUAGAUGUGGCCGGUGUGUCUGUGUGUCCUCCAGCAGCUCUGGACUCGGGCAUGGAGCUCCUGUGUCGCCUGUUUGAGCUGUGGGGUCAGGUGGGAGCAGGUGUCCUCGUUCUCACACAGUGGCUGUUGGAAAAGGAGGAUGGCAAUGAAGAUGAAUCUGCAGCUGCUGAUGAAGUUCCCAGUCUAGAAGAAGAGGACUUCCUGUUUGAGAAGGGGGAUCUGAACCUCUGGGCCGAGCCUCUCCAGUGGGUGAAGCUGCUUCACCGACACCUCUGCUCCAUCAUCCUGAAAUUCAAUCAGAACCGGGAAGCAGAGGCUAUAACAUCACAGCAGGUCCACCAAAUCCGCACCCAGGCCCAAGCCAAGGCCCUCGGCUCCCAGCAGGCCCUGGACAUCCUCCCAGCCCUGCCUCAGUUCUGCUGCCCCAUGGAGCACGCCCGGCUGACCCUGCAGCACCGCAGGGCCACGCUGGCUCUGGAUGCGCUGGACAAACUGAGCAGAAAGAGUUAGCAAUGCUAACUGUAUUUUAGCAUGAACAGGAUGUCAGACAUUUCAAUGAAGUGGUGAGCUUUAUGAAGCACAAACAGGCUCUCCGGUCCAGUCUUUUAAUACACAAAUAAAGCCAACUGUAGAUUUUUUUCUUUUACCUCGUACUUGCAAAUAAUUGUAUGUCGUAUAAAUGUUAGCUGGAAGUGUUUUUAUUUACGACUACCUGUGUAGUUACGCUGUUUAUUCCAUUGUUUUUCCCUGAAAUGAAAGCCAGAAAUGAUAUUAACACCA